AAGUUCCCGACAAAAAUCCCGGUAAUUGUGGAGAGGUACCACAAAGAGAAGUACCUUCCCCUCUUGGACAAAACCAAGUUUCUUGUUCCCGAGGAGCUGACUAUGACACAGUUCAUCACCAUUAUCAGAAGCAGGAUGGCUCUAACAGCUACACAAGCUUUCUACCUGCUGGUGAACAACAAAAGCCUUGCCAGCAUGUCCUUGACAAUGGCCGAAGUGUACAGGGACUACAAAGACGAAGAUGGUUUUGUGUAUAUGACAUAUGCUUCCCAGGAGAUGUUUGGAUGCUUUUUACCCACUGCUCAAGGGAAAACCUUCAAAACAGAAUGCCUUCAAAAAACUUAA